CGUCGUGUUGUGUAUCGUUCUUCAGAGACUGAGCUGAAUUGGCGUACCUGGUCUUUUGUUUGAGGAGUCAGUGAAGACAGUAGGGUUCAUAAGAUGGAGCUGAAAGAAUUCAAUGACACACACAUAACAGGCUAUGACGGUCGUUACGGUUCCUACGCGUCACUAAGAGCACGGCAUCCAGCCAUGCAGAAGGCAAACGAGAACACAGUGCGAUUUGACUGGAGCUCCCAGCCUGAAGGGUGCAUGGAUGGGGAUUCGGAUCAGCCCCGGAAUCUCAGAGAGCUUCCGCUUCACAUGGGCCUAAAGAGGGCUAUCCGGCAGGUACAGCAGAUGAGAGUUCCAGUGUCAUCCUGCUGGACGUCUUGGUAUGCUCGUCGCUCUAAAGCAUUCGGGCAUUUUCGUGAGGGUGUGACGGGUGUGCUGACCGAGGUGGCACUCUGGAGGAAAGCGAUGCACAAGAUUGGAGGACACUUCGGUGGUGGUGUCCAAUCCUACUUCCUGUUCCUGAGGUUCCUGGUUGUUCUCAACUUCCUGUCCUUCCUGCUGAUGGCUGCAUUUGUGGUCAUCCCCUCCAUGGUCUUCCACAUCACCAGCUCCAACGGUUCCAAAAGUGAACCCCUCCUGCCUUCCAUCAACCUGACGAUGUGUCAGCAGUACGAUCCGAGUCCCAAUGCCCUUACCCUUUACUUCAACUACUUCCUGGAUUUGCUCUCAGGAACGGGCUUCAUGGAGUACUCUUACCUGUUCUACGGUUUCUAUGACAACACAAGGGUCGCGAGCAGUGGCUUCUCCUACAAUAUCCCACUGGCCUAUCUGCUCACUGCUGCCUUCUUGUUCCUGUUCUGCCUGGCCUGCAUCAUCACGUGGAUGGGCAGUAUGGCCCGGAUCGUCGUGGCGAUGGGGGGAGGGGCCAAAGGAGGGUACACCAUGCUGAUUUUUACGGGAUGGGAUUAUGGCCUCCAAGAAGAACGAGCCAUCAAGCUGAAACAAAACAACCUGCGCUACCAGUUGCAGAUGGAUUUGGAGGAGGAGAGGAUCAAACUAAAGACAGCCUCUCUCACUCUGACUCAGACGCUGAGUCUGUACUCAUUCCGGUUUUUCCUAAGCCUCGUCGUCAUGGCGAUGAUUGUGGGAGCUUUCUUUGGCAUUGGUUACGCAACCCAGUUCAGCCAGUCCCAGCAGGCUGAUGGGUUCAUGGGCCUUCUGCUAGAGUAUCUCCCCUCCAUUGUUAUAACACUCACCAACUUUGUGGUGCCGCUGCUGUGUGACCAGAUCGCUCUGCUGGAGAAGUACUCCCCCACUACGACGGUAGUCCUCGCUCUGCUCCGGGCAGUAUUCUUCCGUUUAGUGAGUUUGGGUGUUCUGCUGUACACUCUGUGGGAUCAGAUCACCUGUAACGGAAGCAUCUCCAACAAGUCCUGUGUGCCCUGUGGUUACAACUAUGAAAUGUAUCAGUGCUGGGAGACGCGUGUGGGGCAGGAGAUGUACAAGCUAAUGCUCUUCGACUUCCUGAUUACCAUCGCAAUGCUUGUUCUUGUGGAGUUUCCACGCAGGAUUUUUGUGGAUCACUGCUCAUGGAAACUGGCUCAGUGGGUAGGGCGGCAGGAGUUUGUGGUGCCGGCGAACGUGCUGGGUCUCGUGUACGGCCAAACGGUGGUGUGGACCGGCACUCUCUUCUGCCCUCUGUUACCACUCAUUAACACUGUCAAAUUCAUCAUCAUCUUCUACUGCAAAAAGGUCACUCUGUUCCAGAACUGCCGGCCGGCUGUGAAGACUUUCCGCUCCACUAGUUCAAAUUUCUUUUUUUUUCUGGUCCUGCUGUUCGGCUGGAUUCUCGCCUGUGUGGUGCUUGUGUACAGUGUUGCCAAUAUCCAUCCAUCCUAUGACUGCGGUCCAUUCCGGUUUUCUUCCACCAUGUGGAGCAUUGUUCCUGCCUCCUUCUAUACACUCUCCAACACCACCCAGGAGUUCCUGCUCUUCAUCGGCUCCCAAGCAUUCUGCACCCCCCUCUUCAUCGCAUCAUGUGUGUUGUUCUGUUAUAUGGCUGCAUUAGCUUCUGUUUAUGGCAGAACGGUUUCUCUGCUAAAGAAGCAGCGCAAACUGGAAAGGCGAGAUAAACUGUUCCUGGUAAAACAGAUUAAGGAGCUGAAUGCAGCAAGUUCCAGAGAAAAGCGAGAGUUAGAGACUCACGCUCCACUGGAAGAGAGUGCUAUCCUGUGGCACACGCCACCCACGAGAGAGAGUGAUAACCAGCGGAACAGGUCACAUCCAGAAGAGAGGGACACCCUGUGGACCAGGUCACGCCCAGGAGAGAGAGACGUCCAGUGGAACGGGUCACGCCCAGGAGAGAGAGACGUCCAGUGGAACGGGUCACACCCAGGAGAGAGAGACGUCCAGUGGAACGGGUCACGCCCAGGAGAGAGAGACGUCCAGUGGAACGGGUCACGCCCAGGAGAGAGGGACGCCGAAUGGAAUGGACCACUCCCAGGAGAGAGGGACACCCAGUGGAACGGGUCAGACCCAGGAGAGAGGGACGUCCAGUGGAACGGGUCACGCCCAGGAGAGAGAGAGACGCCGAAUGGAAUGGACCACUCCCAGGAGAGAGGGACACCCAGUGGCACACGCCACCUCAGUGGGAGCAACAUCACAACCCCUCAUUUGAGCUAGACAAGGACCUAAUGACACAGCCCAGCAUUUUCUUCCCAGGAGACUUUGACAGUCAUGGACCAUAUCACAGGGGGAACUGACCCUCAUCACAGGGAAGACUGACCCACAUUCUACAGACCCCCUGUUAAGUGAUUAUUCCAGGCCUAGUUCAGCCUUUCUGUCAGCUUUGGGAUCUACAUCAAAAUAAACCUGAGGUAUAGGUCUAGGUGUUUUAAUAGUCAUUCUGUAAAUCAUACUUCACUUCCAUUUUCAAUGUGUUUCAUUUCAAAACUGUAAGAGAUACAGUAUUGUAUAUAAAUGACAGACCUGUUCUCAAAAAGCUUACAUUUCUACAGAUGUCCAUGGAUAAAAUGGAAUAUGUUUUCACAGUUGUGAUCUUCAUUUAAUGUCCAUCUUCCUGACUUAGAGCCCAUUAGACAUCUUGAUGUAACAUAAUGUAAAUGCACAUUUAAGGUGCCAAUUAAAUUGGUUCGUUUUCACAGCUCUUCUGUGUUCUUUCUUCAUCACUA